AUGGCUGCCAAUGGUCACAUAGAUGGCAUCCCGCCCCCUGCUACCGACCCCGCCAUCUACGAAGAAUACCGCUUCAAGUGGUCGAAGCUCCCCACCACCGCUGAAGAAUGGAUCGAACGUGCGGCAGAGGUCAAGGACGUUCUCGCCGUGGACGCCGUGAAGCGCGACCGCGAGAACAAGACGCCGCGCGCUGAAGUCGCUCUUCUCAAGCACUCGGGCCUGCUGAAGCUCCUCGGACCCGUGAAGUAUGGCGGCGGAGGUCAGCCAUGGGCGGUCGGCUACCGGGCCAUUAGGGAGGUCGCCAAGGGCGAUGGCUCGAUCGGCAUGCUUCUAGGCUACCACCUUCUAUGGAGCACCACCGCCAACGUCGUCGGCUCCGCCGAGCAGGCCGAGGCGCUGCAAGAGUACAUCGUCGGCAACAACCUGUUCCUGGGCGGCGCCGUCAACCCGCGCGACAACGACCUGAAGGCUACGCCCUCGGGCGACAACUUGAUCUUCAAUGGCUUCAAGAAUUUCAACACCGGUGGCGUCAUCUCUGACCUGACGGUGCUGGAGGGUGUGUUGGAGGGCACUAAUGACCAUAUGUUCACCGUUGUUCGCACGGAGCAGCCGGGUAUUCAGUUCGCGUACAACUGGGACAACGUUGGUCUGCGCUUGACCGAGUCCGGUAGCGUCAAAAUCGACAACGUCGUGGUGCCGUGGACAGACGUGCUGGGGUGGGAUAGCACCACGAGGAAGCCUGAUCCGAAGGUUUUGGGAACUCCAUUUUCCUCGUUGCUACUGCCGACCAUCCAACUCGUCUUCUCCAACUUCUACCUCGGCAUCGCGCAGGGCGCGCUCGACCACGCGGCGGCCUACACGCGCAAGAACACGCGCGCGUGGCCGUUUGGCGGCGACAACAAGGAGUCAGCGCUCGACGAGUUCUACAUCCUCGAGCGCUACGGCAACUUCCACGCGCACCUGGCCGCCGCCGACGCCCUGGCCGACCGCGCCGGCCACGCCGCCUCCAAGCUCUACGCCACCUUCAACCACCACAACCCGGCCCACGGCCACCGCGACAACCGCACCGAGCUGUCCGCCCGCCAGCGCGGCGAGUUCGCGGAGCUGGUUGCGAGCGUCAAGGUUGUGACGACGGAUACGGGCUUGAAGGUUACGAGUGGUGUGUUUGAGGUUACGGGGAGCAAGGCGACCAGUGCGAAGGUCGGCUUGGAUCGGUUUUGGAGGGAUAUCAGGACGCAUACCCUGCACGAUCCGGUGGCGUAUAAGAACAGGGAGUUGGGGAGGUGGGUGUUGUUGGAUGAGAUUCCGGAGGUUACGUGGUACACUUGA